CCCUACACUACACCUAGAAGACGAAUAAGCCCAAACCAUGGGAAUCAAGGGUUCCAAGCCAAAACUCUCCAAAGAGGAUUUGGAGUUUUUGAAAAAGAACACAAAUUUCACCGAAGAGCAGAUCAAAGAAUGGUAUAAAGGAUUUGUGCAAGAUUGUCCGAAAGGCCACUUAACCAAGGAGCAGUUCAUAAAGGUGUAUAAGGAUUUCUUCCCGUCAGGUUCUGCAGAAGGAUUCUGUGAACAUGUAUUCCGAACAUUCGACACGGAUAACUCGGGUUUUAUCGACUUCAAAGAAUUUUUAUUGGCAAUUAAUGUGACGAGUUCCGGAACGCCCGAGCAGAAACUUGAAUGGGCUUUCCGUAUGUACGAUAUUGAUGGAAAUGGUACGAUAGACGAGAAGGAAAUGAUCAAGAUUAUUGAGGCCAUCUAUGAAAUGCUCGGCCCAGAAGUGACAAAAUCUGCUGACGACUCUCCAAGAAAGAGAGCCAAGAUGAUCUUCGAGAAGAUGGAUGUUAACAAUGAUAAAGAGCUGACAUUGAAGGAAUUCGUUGACGGCUGCCUUGCUGAUAAGGAGCUCUUCCAAAUUUUGACCAAUGAAGUCAAGAAGUAAACGAACUUUCUUUCAAGUUUUUUGCCCUAAAAUUGUUUUGUCUAAUAUUAUUUGCUCUUAAUUCUCUCACGAUCCGCUGUGAUUCCUUCCUGAAGUUCGUCCUCCUCGUCUCCCUGUCUCCCGCGAAGCAUUCCAGCCGUCUCCCCAUAAUCCCGGAAAGUUUAUUUCUUCUCCACAGACACACACACUUCGUUGCCAUUAAUUUUUGCUCCCUACUUACCAGCCUGUAGUAGUGUUUAUUUAAUAUCGACCACAGCUUCUUUUUUCUUUAUUCGUCGUUUUUGUGCUCUCUUCUUUUUCAUUUUCUCCUUCUUCCGUCUAACCACAGACUCAAAAAAUUAUCACUAAUCCAUUACUAGACGACGGAUUAGAGUCUUCUCCUCUCUGCCUUUCAAAUUCUUUCUCUAUACUCCUUCCCAAAUCCCUUCAAUAAUCGAUCGAUGUGUGUACCUAGGUACCGUACCCCAUGUAGCUUUUUUGCCUCUUGUCACUCCACUUUCCUUAACAGCUCGGUUAAAACUCAAAGCUCUUGCACUUUUCCUUUAUGCGAAAUCAAAUUUUUAUAUUAUUAUUAUUAUUAUUUGAAAAUUUGAAUAAUAAGAAAAUAAGUUGUAUGCGGUAAAUUAUUAUUUUUAAUUCUUUUCUUCAUUUUUUUCCUUCUCUCGUUCCACCUCUCUUGACUUCAUUUGUCUCCAUUCUCAGUUUUCACCCAUAUAUAAUUUCAUAUAAAAUAAAAUCUGUGUAAAUUUUAAA